AUGUGGUAUGGGUUUGGUGAUUCUCUUGGAAAGAACAGCAAAUGUGGGGAAAGUGAUAUUAAAGAUUGUGACCGUUGGAAAGAGUACAUUAAACAAUCGUCAAUCAAGAGUUCCACUGAGAAUAGUUUCCUCGACAAUUCACAUCAGCAGACACCAAUUUAUCAAGUAUCAUUUCGAUCGUAUUGUGAUAGUUUCUGGGAUAUGAACGAGCACAUUGACGAAUUGAAUUCGUCGUGUCAAUAUUGGGUAUGUCAAAACCAUCAAUAUCAAUGCCAAACAGGACAGUGUAUUGAUGUCAAUUGGGUUUGUGAUGGGGAAUGGGAUUGCGAAGAUGCGUCGGACGAAGAGGCUUUCGUGCUCAUUAAAACAUGGUCUAGUCACAAUGAUCGUCUCUCAGGUUUGAAUGAUCGAAUCAAACAAUGUCGAAAACGAUAUUCUCAAUCACCAUUUUUCACCAGAUGUAAUACUUCGUUUGAAUUCGGAUGUUAUCAAACACAAGUAACAAAUCCACUAGACAUUGAAUCUAAUCGUCCAUGUAUCAAUCUUACUCAAAUUGGUGAUGGUGUGGAACAUUGUGUCAAUGCCUACGACGAAAGAAAUACACUAGCAGUGAAUCCAGGCACUCUGGAAAUGUGGGGUGUUUAUUUUCGUUGUGGAAAUUAUACUAGGGAAUAUCCAUAUGUUUGCUUACUAAAAAAAAGGGCUAACUGCACCGAGAUUCUUUGCUCAAAUCAUCGAGACAACGAUGGAUCAUGCUCCGGUGCUAAAGAUGUCAUUUCUGAAUUAUUCAAAAAUAACAGCAUCUUGAAUUUUUCGAUUAUCCUAUUUUAUUCUCUGUGUAAUCACCAUUAA